UCACGCCUGCCCUCAGACUUGCCGCGACACUUGCCUCGGCACCCGCUCAGCCCUGAGCCGGUGCGCGUAGGCGUCUAAUCAUCUCUACACCAAAACAUUGCACUUCAGCAACAAGAAAACCACUUGCUCUCUCUCACCCCUCGGGACUGAAACAUGCUCCGUCUCUUGUGAGCGAUGCCUAAUUCUGUGUGAGGCUGCCGACGGGAGCACACGGGAGAACAAGGAGCACUCCGACUCCCAACUCUGACCCCGUCCCAAAAAGCAGCAGAUGUGACAGAAGAGGAGAGGCGGAGAGAAAGAAACACAAUCUCCCCCCACCCCUCCUUCCUUCAUCUGGAAGAACAAUACCCAGGCUUCAGUUGGAGAGGGUCAGCUUUUGUCCCUUUCCCCACGCUCCCGCUCAUGAGCGAAGAGCAGACAGACGCGCUGACACAUUGACCUGCUGCUGCGAGAGGAGAAGACGGCGCACAAACAGUUGCAGCGUGUUUGAUUCAGUACUUGGACAGCUCCUGAGCGACAACCAGCGCAAGUGCGUGCGUGCGUUUCCAUGAGUGUGUAAGCUCUGUCGUUUUUUGGUUGGGAGAGCGAAGAAGCACAUAUGCAGCCCCCGUGCUCGCUCCAGCUCGGCCCCUGUGGCCCUUCUCCAUCCCUGGGAUCGCAGAGCAGCACCACUGGCUUCCAGCACCUGGGAGAGAAGCAGCUCUUUGAGAAGUUUUGGAAGGGGACUUUCAAGGCUGUGGCCACCCCGAGACCAGAGAGCGUCAUCGUGGCCAGCAUCACCGCCCGCAGGAGGGUGAAUAACUUAGAGACGACAGCCUGCCAACCACUCAAACCUGAUGAGAGGAAAUCUGCAGACACCAGGUUGGACACUGCGGACAGGAAUGGCUGCAUCAAGGGAAAAGGACGCAAACGACACAGUCAUCGCAGGGCCAGGAGCCCCUCCUUCGACCAGGAACUCUCCCCUCGGCCCAAGGGGAAGAAGAAGAAGAGAAAGUCUGAACGCAAGAGGAAAAGGAAAAGGUCCCCUUCCUACAGCCUGUCACCUCUGAGGAAGAAGAAAAAGAAGAAGAAGAAGAGCUCCAAGAAAAGCAAGCGGCAUAGGUAUACCUCCAAAAAGUCAAAACACAGCUCUUCAAGUUUAAAACGUAAGAGGAAGGAUGAGCGCAAACACAAGAAAAGUUCACGGACUCACUCACGGCGGAGGCGGCGCUAUCGGAGGUCAGAGUCGGACACUUCAUCUUACCAAUCUUCCACAGAGGACAGACACCAUCUGCAGAAAUCUGUGGUACAUCAGGCAUUAGGAGACCUGGCAGCUGUAGUAGAGGAAACCAAUGGAGUGCUUGACCACACGGACAUGAAGUGGAGACCAGCAACCAAAUCAGUGUGUAAAACGGCUCCAAAAUAUCGCUCCAUCCUCUCAACCGCCACCAUUUUGUCGCCAAAACCUGGAAGAGAGCUUUUGCGCGGAAAUGGGUCUCAGCAUUUAUCGAGCCAGACCGAAGGUCCGCGCGAUUACGAUUCUGGGAAUGACACAUCUUCGCCGCCGUCAAGCAAAACUGGAGUUUCUCAGGCGAGUGUCACUGACAUCAAGAGGAGCCGCUGUAAACGCCUGACCUCGCCAGAGAAGCUGAAGUUGACUGACAGAGACAAUGCCUCUGAUUCAGGAAACUCUGUGACCAGCUACGCUUCCCUGUGCAAACCUUACGGAGAGGACGGCCUGUCUGCCACCCUUUUCAGUGGAAACGGCAAGAGAGAGCAGAUAACCUUGGGGUGUCGCGUGGAGGUUGUGAGAUCCCCAAAGACGUCCAGCUGCUCACAGAGGAUGAGGGAGUCGUCUCAAAGGCGACUGAAAACACGGUCGUCCAGCAGCAGGAGCAGGAGCAGAUCCUCGGGGACUUCCAGAUACUCCAGCCGCUACUCUCGAAGCCCGUCGCUGUCGUCUUGCAGCUCGUACUCGCGCUCACCGAGUUACUCGGCUGAUCCGAGGCGGCGAGGCAGCGUGGCCAGCCUGAGCUCCAGAGGAAGCUACUCCAGAUACAGUGACAGACUACGAGACAGAAAGAGAACACACAGCUCCAGAGACACAGAUGUGAAGCAUGCACAUAAGGUUAGUGGGAAGAGACAAAGACGGAAAUCCUACUCUCCUAUGAAGAAAAGAAGAAGAGACUCACCGAGCCAUCUGGAAGCACGCCGAAUCACAAGUGCCAGGAAGCGACCCAUCCCUUACUUCAGACCGAGCCCGUCCUCCAGCAGUCGCUCCACCAGCGUGUCGUCCUGGAGCAGCCUCUUCACCCGCAGCCGCAGUCGCAGCCCCAUCCACAGCAUCACCCGCAGCCGCAGCCGGAGUUACUCCUCCUACAGGAGCUACAGCCGCAGCUCAUCCUGGAACUCAAUCUUCGGGACCCGCAGUCGCAGCCGGAGUCGAGGUUCGCUGAACAAACGCAACAAAGCCAGGCAUUAAGUUUCUGAGAGCACAC